GCAGAUCUGAUGGUUGCAGAUAGGCAAUGUGUUAGAGCAGAAAGAGAGGGGGGAGGGGGGAGCAUUAAUGAUGGAAUGUAGAGAUCGCUAUAAAAAUUUUGCAUCAUUCUUUUGUCACGGAAAUGCUGGAGAAAUCUUUGGCAAAGGCAGUCUCCUAUUCCUUCCCCACCGUUCCUUGAAAACGUAUCAAUCAGUCCCACGACGACAACACUACAACAGUUGCCCUCCUGCCUGCUGGUUUCCCAGAACUGGAAUGGUAAAUGACCAAAUCAACCCUCUCCCUAUCCUCUCCAGCUCUUCCCCCUUCCCUCUAUCCGUCUUGUCACCAUCCUUAGGCCUCAUUUGUGCAGCUCGCAGCCCCACGCCUCCCACCCCGCUCUCUUCCUCUCUCACUUUUGGAUUUAAUUUUAUCAAACACUCUUUCACUUUCACCAAACCCCCUCUUUCAGUCCACCCCAUUGCCCCCCACUCCCUUUCUCUCUCUUUGUUUGCUAACUUGCGCCUAUAAAAAAGACGGAAGAGCAGGAAUUUUAUACAACUGAGCUUCUCUCUCUGUUUCCCUCUCUCGUAUUCUAUUGUUCGAUGCUACCUUGUGCCAUUACAAUAGUGAAAAACAACAAGGAAAAAAAGGGGAAACAAGAAAACCUUAAAAGGCCAGUCUUUUUACUCUCUACAUUUCCUUGCCAUCUGCUAAGUUUUGCAUCUUCAUAACAGAACUGAAACAGAACAGAGGGCAAACAACGAAACCUCUUUUUUCUCUUCUGUCUUCCUCUUACACAACCAGAACAUCCAAGAAUCAAAUAGAAAAGCUUCAAUCUCAAAACCAAGGUUCUAUUGCACCAGAGCGACGUCUUUUUUUUUUUAUUUUUUAUCUUCCAUGGGUCUGCUAAUUCUCUUCCUGCUAACGUGCGCUGCACUUCCAUUAGCUUCAUCAGAUCCAAACGACGAGGCUUGCUUGACUCACUUAAGCGAAUCCUUGAAAGACCCGUUAAAGAACCUGCAAAACUGGACCAAAUCCACCUUUGCAAACCCUUGCAGCGGUUUCACCUCUUAUCUCCCUGGUGCAAUUUGUAACAAUGGUCGAAUCUACAAGCUUUCCCUUACAAACCUCUCUCUCCAAGGCUCUAUCUCACCUUUUCUCUCGAACUGUACCAAUCUUCAGUCUCUCGACUUAUCUUCAAACUCCUUCUCAGGUCCUAUCCCACAAGAUUUACAAUAUUUGGUGAACCUGGCAGUGUUGAAUCUUUCAUCAAAUCGUCUUGAAGGAGAGAUCCCUCCACAGCUUACAUUAUGUGCUUAUUUAAAUGUCAUUGAUCUUCAUGACAAUUUACUUACUGGUCAGAUUCCUCAACAAUUAGGCCUUCUAGCAAGGCUGUCAGCUUUUGAUGUUUCUUACAACAAGCUUUCAGGGCCUAUACCAGCAUAUUUAGGGAACAGAAGUGGGAAUUUACCAAGGUUCAAUGCUAGUUCUUUCGAAGGAAAUAAGGAUCUUUAUGGAUACCCUUUACCACCUAUGAAAAGUAAAGGGUUGUCGGUUUUGGCCAUUGUUGGGAUCGGAUUGGGAAGUGGACUUGCUAGUUUGGUGCUUAGUUUUACUGGAGUUUGUAUCUGGUUGAAGAUUACAGAGCAAAAGAUGGCUGCCGAAGAAGGGAAGAGUAGUCAGUUUAUGCCUGAGUAUUAAAAGCUUGAAUUUUGAUUUAACAUGUUAUUGAAGAUUAUUGAGCUAGAAUGAAAAGAUUGAAAUUUCAGGUUCACUCAGCAAAAGCCAAUUUUAACCAAAGCCAGACCCACAAUUGUCUCCAAGCCCCAAACUACUCGAGUUGCUUUGAAUUGAAUGGAAGGCUGUGAUUGCAGAAACUUCAAGUCACACCGAAAGCAGGAGAUGGUCAAAUGUGCUUUGAUUCCUCUCAUUAAUGGGUCUUCCAGGAAUGGCAUGCAUGUCAUCAUGGGCUGGACCCCAUCUGUUAAAUUGUUUAUGUUGUUGGCUGAAAGAAGAAGAAGAAGAAGCAGAAGGAGAAAGAAAAAGUUAGUCUGGGACAUUUUCUUUUUUUUUUUGGGUGUUUUUUUAUUGAUUCAUCUGAUUGUGAUCCGAACCAUUCCUUCUUCAUUCCUGUAAUUGAUUUAGAGUCACAAGGGUUGGGGUUUUGCUUUCAAUGCCAUUCACGCACUUUAAUAAUUUUUUAUGCUCUUUUUUAGUUGGUCCAUGCCAACAUCUUUUAAUU